GCUUUCUGGUCUUUCUUUCCUGGAAUUCCUUGAUUUGAGUAAUGUGAAUCUUAGCCAAACCUUCAAUUGGUUGAAAGUGAUAAACACACUUCCUUCUCUAGUAGAAUUACAUUUGUCAAAUUGUGGUCUUCAGCAUCUUCACCCACUUCUAAAUGUUAACUUUUCCUCUCUUUCCAUUCUUGAUUUUUCAUCUAAUAAUUUUCGUGAAUCUUUUGUUCCUAAUUGGAUUUUUCAUCUUAAAACUCUUACAUCUCUUAAUUUAGCUGAAAAUCAAUUUCAAGGACCAAUCCCUGAAGAUUUUCAAAAUAUGACUUCCCUCCAAAAUCUUGACCUCUCAAUAAAUACUUUUAAUUCUUCACUUCCCAAAUGGUUUUUCCAUCUUGGAUCUCUAGUUUCUGUGAAUUUGGCACAUAAUAGCUUUGAAAGUCCGAUUUCUAGUGAACCUCAAAACAUCACUUCUUUGAAAAAACUCGAUUUAUAUGCGAACAAUUUCAAUUCCUCAAUAUCCAAUUGGUUAUACAAUUGUAGCCACCUUGAGCUCCUUGAUCUUGCUUACAAUUCCCUUCAAGGUAAAAUUUCUAGCGCCAUUGCAGGCCUUACCUCUCUCACCAACCUUGAUUUGUCAACAAACAAAGAACUUGAACUUGACGGAGGAAUUUCAAGAUCGUUAAAAAAUCAUUGCAAAUUGAGGUUCCUCUCUUUGUUAGAAGUGAAGCUAAGCCAAGACAUAAAUGAUAUCCUUGAGAUUCUAUCUGCAGGAUGUGUUUCAAAUGGGCUAGAGUCAUUGGAGUUAGACGGUUGCCAAUUAUUUGGUUGUUUGACCAAUCAUCCCAGCCAUUUUAGGAAUUUGGUCAACCUUCGUCUUUCGGUUAAUUCCAUUUCAGGAACUCUCCCUGUGUGGUUUGGAGCACUUGCAAAUGUGGUGGAGAUAGAUAUUGCUCACAAUUUUUUAGAGGGUAAUGUUUCUGAAAUCCAUUUUACAAACCUCACAAAAUUGGAAUCGUUUGAUGCUUCUGAGAAUCAUUUGAUGUUGAGAGUUUGUUCGAACUGGAUUCCACCUUUUGACCAUAUUGAAUUCUUAAGAUUGAGAUCUUGGGUUAUUGGCCCACAAUUUCCGGUAUGGCUUCAUUCUCUAAAAUAUUUACGUGAAGUGGAUUUGUCAAACACAAAAAUUUCUAGUAUUCCCUACUGGUUCUGGAACAUGUCUGCACAAUUUCACUAUUUAAAUAUCUCUCACAACCAAAUCCAUGGGACCAUUCCUCAUAUCCCUAAUAUUGAUCCAUCUUAUUCAUCGAUUGACUUGAGUUCAAAUCACUUCAGUGGUCCAUUACCUUGGAUCUAUGCCAGUGUGGAAACGUUGAUUCUUCACAAUAAUUCAUUUUCAGGUUCCAUAUCCCACUUCCUUUGUUAUAAGAAGAAUCAAGUGAAGGGAAUGAUUAAUCUUAACCUUGACAAUAAUCUUUUAUCCGGAGAAAUACCAGAUUGUUGGAUGAAUUGGCCAGAACUGUGGUUUUUAACUUUAAACAACAACAACUUGAGUGGCAAUAUUCCCAAGUCGAUUGGGGCUUUAACGUCCCUUAAAUCCUUGCAUCUUCGUAAUAAUAACCUCUCAGGUGAAAUACCUUUGUCACUUCAAAAUUGUUCGAAGUUGACCACACUUGACAUUGGUGAAAAUGAACUGAUCGGGCACAUUCCAACAUGGAUUGGGGAAAGGCUUUCCAAUUUGGUUAUUCUCAUCUUUCGUGCAAACAAGUUUCAUGGGCAUAUACCUAAGGAACUUUGUCAUUUGGCUUCUUUGCAGAUUCUAGACCUUUCCCAUAAUAAUCUCUCUGGCAUCUUCCCAAGUUGCAUUAAAAACUUUAGUUCAAUGACUAAAAUUGAUUCAGUAGCACAAGUUUUUAAUGUGUCUUCUGGAUAUUUAUAUUUCGGAGAUGAUGCAUUGAUUGUGAUGAAAGGAAGAAUGGUUGAGUAUGAGAAAAUUCUAAAAUUCGUGAAAAGUAUAGAUCUUUCUGACAAUAAUUUAUCAGGAGAGAUUCCAGAAGAAAUAACAAGUCUUCUAUCAUUACAAUCUCUUAAUUUGUCAGAUAACUUGUUUUCUGGAAAGAUUCCUGAGGAUAUUGGUGAUAUGAAAAUGAUAGAAGUUUUGGACUUUUCUCAAAAUCAAUUAUUCGGAGCAAUUCCUCAAAGCAUCACAAAUCUAACAUUUCUGAACUUGUUGAACUUGUCCAAUAAUAAUUUGAGUGGGAGAAUUCCUACAAGCACUCAGUUGCUGACUUUUAGCUCUUCUAGCUUUGUUGGCAACAAAGGACUAUGUGGACCUCCAGUCUCUGAGAAUUGUAGCGAAAAUGGCGUUAUACUUAACAAUGGAAAAGAUGAAGAGAAAGGAAAGGGUGAUGGUGCUGAAGUGGAUUGGUUCUAUGUGAGCAUGGCUCUUGGAUUCAUUGUGGGCUUUUGGAGUGUGUUGGGACCUCUAGCUAUUAAUAGACGAUGGAGAUAUGUGUAUUUUCAUUUCCUGGAUUAUUUGGGGCACAAAAUUUGGUGGAGUUUAAGGAAAAAUGGUGUUUUUGAAGGACCAAAGAGAAUUUUGCCAUUGAGGAGUAUCUUCUACAGCCAAAGGUGUCAAAAACAAGUUUUCAAGCUGAAAUAUGCAUUGACCAAACUGUGCAUAACUUGCCGCAUAAGCUAUGCAGAUCUGCAUAAGGAGAAAGAUCACUGUUCCAGAACCAGCCGAAAUGUGCAUAAGGAGACUGCAUAGCUUAUGCACAUUCUCGCCUCCCUUAUGCACCUUCACGAAAUUGUGCAUAACCUAUGCACCAAGUCAUGCAGUUUCGCAUAAGUGACUCAGAAACAGCCGAAAACUGCAUAAGGGACUGCAUUACUUAUGCAGUCCCAUAAAGAGUUCAUUAAUGAGCUGGCAAAAGAUUCCCUCAGAUAAUUCCUCCUAGAACAUACCAUUUUAGGGCUCCAUGUCAGAAAAAUGCUAUAAAUAGUCUCAUUUUCCCAUUUUAGAGGGGGAGACAAGGAGAGACAAGGAGCAGAAAAGGAAAGGAGAGUAGAGGCAGAAUUUGAAGAGUCACUUUCACCUUCCACACCAUUUUCAACCAAGAUUUGCAGAUUUCUUUCUUUCCUUACAUUUUUCUACAUUUCUAGUGUUUAAUUUCUUACUCCUUAGCUUAGAUUAAAGCUUUAUUUCCAUUUAAACUCAUUAUAUCUUGUAAGCAUUAUGGAUAGUGAGUAGUUUGACUUUGAUUCUGGAGUAAGGGUUGUAAUAUUUGAGAUAUUUUGUGGAUUAUGAUUGGGUAAUCCAUAUUUUGUGGUCUUAAUGAGUUUUAAUCA